AUGGCCACAGAUAACCCCUCCUUUGUUCUUCGUGCCGUCGAGGAUGUUGUCUAUGAGCAGCGCCCCGUCCCAGAAAUCAGAGAAAAUGAAGUUCUCGUGGCGGUGAAAAAAACAGGCACUUAUCUUAUCUCUUCAUCUUUGAUUUUUCUUGUCCAUUACCUUGUCCAUGGUCGUAUUGGCGACUUCGUCGUCAAAGAACCAAUGGUUCUUGGCCACGAAUCUGCUGGAGUCGUUUCAAAAGUUGGCUCAAACGUCAAGACCCUCAAAGUAGGCGACAGAGUGGCCAUGGAACCAGGUGCUACUUGCCGUAACUGCGAUGCAUGCAAAGCUGGUCGAUACAAUCUAUGCACCGACAUUGUCUUUGCUGCCACUCCCCCAUACGAUGGAACUCUUGGACGUUUUUAUCGCUUACCGGCUGAUUUAGCUUACCCACUCCCAGACAACGUCACCCUUGAGGAUGGUGCCAUGAUGGAACCACUGGCAGUCGGCGUACAUUCAGUUUCCAACCUUGGUGGAUUCCGAGCAAGUCAAUCCAUUGCCGUAUUCGGUUGUGGUCCGGUAGGACUUUUGUGCAUGGCCGUCGCUAAAGCCAUUGGUGCUUCAAGGAUCAUCGCCGUGGAUAUUGUUCCCGCCCGACUGGAAUUUGCCAAAGCCUAUGCCGCUACCGAUGUAUAUCUCCCACCUAAAUUCGAGGAAGGAGAGGCAAGAAUCGACUAUAGCAGGAGAAACGCCAACCUGAUGAAAGAGACACUUGGAAUUGAAGAGAGAGGAUCCAAAGCCAUUGAUCUUGUCAUUGAUGCCAGUGGUGCAGAAGUCUCAAUCCAAACAGGGUUUUACAUUGUCAAGUCAGGUGGCACUUUUGUUCAAGUUGGAAUGGGAAACCCACACGUAACUCUUGACCUUGGCCAGCUCAUGACAAAGGAGCUCAACUAUAAGGGCUCUUUCCGAUAUGGGCCCGGAGAUUACCCUCUUGCUAUUUCUUUCGUGGCUCAUGGCAAGAUUGAUUUGAAACCCUUGGUGACUCACAGAUACAAAUUUGAGGACGCAGUUGCAGCCUUCAAAGCAACGCGCACGGGGAAGAGCGAAGAUGGCAAAGGUGUCAUCAAGGCCAUUAUCUCUGGACCAGACGCUGAAGACUAA